UGUCAUGGUGACGCGUGGAUCAUGGCGCAGCUGCUGGGAGAGCCGCUGUUCGAGGUCAGCUCUCGGGGACCUGCACCGAUUAAAGACUAUUUCUGUUUCCAGAUCACUCGGAGUGAGGUGAUUUGGCGCUGGUGGAAGAUUACUUUACGCCUGGAGUCCUGCAGCACGAGACCAGGAGAGGUACGAGAGUCACAUCCAGAGUUUCUCGAGGACAGACAACUGCAGGGUCAGGUGUUGAUGGUGUUUGGUCCUGGUGUCCUGCAGUACUCUAAGCGUCUGUGUGAGGGUCAGUAUGAUUAUCUUCAGCGUCUGCCUGAUUCUUUACUCCUCCACAUCAUGGCACAUUUACAGCUGGAGGACGUGAGACACCUGGCACACACCUGUCACAGGUUCAAACAGCUCUGUAGCUCCGAGCAGUUUUGGGAGCAGACUGUACGGCUGCAUUGUGACACAGUGAGUCCUGGGAUGGAGGAUUUGGCCCGAGAGGUGGGAUGGAGGUGUGUGUUUUUCACCAACAAACUCCAGCUACAAAAGCAGAUCCGCCGCCGCAGAGCAGAACAUGAACACACACCUGCAGACCAUUCACUCGCUAACACGUCUGAACAUCUACACGUCUGAUCAUCUACACGUCUGAACAUCUGAUUGAUCCAGCACACUUUACACUAAAACAUUUAUACACUCUUUGUAUACAUUAAUAAUUUUUAUAUAAUUUUACACUAAAUAUAAAUAUAUACAGUAUGUUACACUUUAGAUUUGUUUUACAAAUGAAAUACAAAUUCUUUAUUAAUUAAAUCAGUCAUGUUUUCCUGACACUAGAAUCUUUCUUAGCAAUUUUAUUACAAUUUUAUUUACUACAUUCAUUUCAAUUGAAAUAAAAUCCAGAAAUGUUCAGCUGUAAUUUAGUUAGUUUAUUAGAAAUCAUCCUAUGAAAUUCAAAAACAUUCAUUUUAUUUUUAUUUCAUUUCUCUGGAUGAAAUUCUAUACAAGAAAUUUUAUACAAAAUCUUUGGAGCGAGUUUUAUAUCCCAAAUGAAUAAUCAAAUAAAUACAUAAACAUCACACCAAAAAUUCAUUAAAAAACUAUUAAAACAGACAAGAAGUUAAUUGUUCAUCUGAACUCAGGUGUAAACAGCAGUUCAUCAUUUACACCAGUACACACGGCUCCCCAUCACACCACAUCAACUGGAACUUUUCAAGGUCAUUCAUACUUUUAUAAAAGUUGAAAUCAACAAAGACCCUUGUUCUGACCAGUCUCUGAAAAAUUACAGUAACAUCAUGUUGUGUGUUCUGUGUCACUUUGUUUUUUCUGCUGGUGUAGAUGGCCAGUUUCACCUGGUCCAGGAUAAAAUUGACCAGCUGACACUUGAACCUUUCUUUUCUGGUGUAUUUAAAACCAAGGAUAAAAACCUGUGGGGUAAAAACCGUGUUAGAACACUCCACUGCAGGUCACCUGUUCUUUUAGUUAACGUUGGUUUGUAAAACGUUCGCCACUCUGGCUUUACAUCAUCAUUCAGCCCGAGGACACUGCGCCAGGGCGUGUCUGCCCUCCCGUCUAACCAUCUCUUAUUGUACACUUUUACACACAGUUUGUAGAGGCUCUUACCCGAGGCUGAGUUAAGGCCUGUAGCUGUUCUUUCCCCAUCUCCGAGGAGGGGACCUGAGACCUCUGACAGAUUGGGUACAAUAGUUACGACUGUAUUCAGCACACCCUCCUCAGAGCUGACCACCCCUGUGCAGAAGUCCCUGAGCUGCAUGCGCUCCUCAGAUGUGAGUGCUGACCUCCACCUCUGUAAAAGCUGUGCAAUCAUACAUACAGACUUCACCCUUAGCCAUGUUGCUACAUCAUCUGAGUGAGCAAAGUCCACUGCUCUCCAUGAGAGGUUCUCUGGGCCAGUGAGGAGCUUCUGUACAUGACAAAGACGAAAAGCCACAGUCCUGCUGGAUAAGUCCUUGUCCGCUCUCUUCCUUGGGUAGGUAUAGAAUGCUUUGUGGUAAUCAGUGCAGCUUGUCCCAGAAGAAGUCCACCAUCAUGGCCUGCAGGUCUGCUAAUAGUUUUGGAGGGGGGGGGUCAAUACAGGCCAGUCUGUGCCAUAACAUUGCAGCAACUAGAUUAUUUACAACCCAAGUUCUUUGGAACGAGCCACUUCCAUUUAUUCAGACGUCCUUUUAGCUUUUCACUUAUGCCUUCCCUGUUUUUCUUAACAUAGCUGCUGUCUCCCAGGUACACUCUCAAAUAUUUAAAACCACCUGUUCUCCAGGUCAAAUUAUCUGGGAGACAUGGUUCCACCUUUCCAGUCCCCGACUAAAAUGGCUUCACUUUUGUUCCGGUUUACUUUUGCAGAUGAUAUCAAAUUAAAUUAUGAGGUCAGUUAAAAUAUCAAUAUCUCUGUUCAGUCACCAUCACAACAACAUUAUCAGCAUAGGCAGAAACACAGUAUGGGGUAUUAGACCUUGGUAUAGACAGACCAGUAAUCUUGCUUCUUAUCUGGCAUAGUAAAGGUUCUAUGGCUAGGGUGUAUAACAUGCCAGACAGAGAGCAGCCCUGCCUAAUACCCCUAUACACUUUAAAAGGCACAGAUAAACCAACAUUAACUUUCAGUACGCUCUCAAUGUUGUUAUACAGCACCUGGAUCAUGGCCUUGAACCCGGAGUUGAACCCAAAAUUCUCUAACGCCCUCCACAAAUACUGGUGUUCAACCCAAUCGAAAGCCUUCUCCUGAUCCAUGAAAAUAAGACCAGUCUUCAGCCCCAAUAGCCUAGAGACGUCCAAAAUGUCAUGAAUUAACUGUACAUUGUCGUAGAUAGACCUGCCAGGCACACAGUACGUCUGGUCAAAGUGGACAAUUUGCUCCAUCACCUUUCCUAGCCUUGUUGCUAAUGCUUUUGAGAGCACCUUGCAGUCUGUGCAGAGUAAGGAGACAGGGCGCCAGUUCCUGAGGUCAGUCUGAUCGCCUUUCUUUGGGAGUAGGGUCAGGACUGCUCAGAGGCAGUCUGCCUUCACUUAUGCUCACCCUCAACACUUCCAGCAAGUCCUGCCCUAUCACUGAACAGAAAGCCUUAAAAAACUCAACCGAAAGCCCAUCAAUGCCAGGUGACCGCCCAUUCUGCAUGCUGUUAAUCGCAACCUCCAACUCCUCAAGGGUCAGCUCCCUGUCCAGUUCCCUAGCUGACUCCUCGGUUAUUAUUUUAGGAAGAUUCCUGCCAAAAUUUUCCUCCACCUCUGGCACAGCUGGAAGCUCACUCUCAUACAGCUUUGAGUAAAAGCUGACUGUCUGCUUGCGAAUUUCAGUAGGAUCAGUAACAAGCUCCCCUGAAUCUGUAUGCAAAGCAUGUAUAAACCUUUUCUGUCCAUUUUUUUUCUCAAGACUAAAGAAGAACUUGGACAGAGCGUCCACCUCUGUUACGCUUUUAAAGCGCGAGCGGACCAGCGCCCCCUGCACUGUCGUGUCCAACAACUUGCCCAACGCAUGUUUUUCUUUUUGAGAGCCUCAAUAUGGCCUCGAUUUCCUGUGGACUCCACCAAACCCUGGAGUUCCACUACCUCAAUCUCUGGAGCUCUAAGUGAUCUGGUGAUGUCCUUAGUCACAUUGUAAGCGUACUGUUGACAAAAUAUUUGAAUGUGCACUUUUGCCACAUCCCAUGUAAAAACUGGCUUCUGGAGCCUAAAAGUAUCCUAAAAGAAAAUAAAACUCUCCCUAAAAUUAAUAUCAUCUAAAAGAGCAGCAUUAAAAUGCCAGUAGGCACUACGUGGCUUUACAUUGCUCUUCUUAAAAGUGCACUGUACCAUACAAUGAUCUGAAAACCCCACAGGAUAAACAACACAGGACCUAAAAAUAUUCAGCUGAUGUUUAAAAGUGUAAAAACGAUCAAGCCUGGCUAGUGAGAGGAGGUUCUCUUUACAAUGGGACCAGGUGUAUUGUCUCUCUGUUUAAUGGAAAGCCCUCCAAACAUCACUCAGGUCAUGUGUUGUGAUCAGUGUUGGGAAGGUUACUUGUAAUAGGUUCCAGUAAUAGGUUAAUGGUUAAUGUAAUCGGUUCCAGAUUACAGGUUCCUCUGUUUAAAAUGUAAUAAGUAAUGUAACUUUUCAAUGACUUUAUAAAAGUAAAGUAACUGAUUACAUUUGAUUACUUUUAAGUUUCUAAUGGAUAUUUUCAAUCAUUUCCAAACAUUUAUCCCAGGCCGGGUUAACCUUACAGUAGAACUCAACUCUGUUUACUGUUAGAAUUUUAAAUCUUUUCAUCACUUGAAUUAAGAUUAUAUUAAUUUAGUUUUAAGCCCAGCCACAAAACCAGACUUCAGAACAAAAACUGUUUAAUACUGUUUUAGGAAUCAAAUCUUUGCAUAGCUAUGACAGGACACACUGGCAAGUAACAAUGCCUUGGGAAAAAACAAUCUGUAAAGAGUCAUCAUAAUGUACGCUACAGUGCUAAAAUAACUAAGUUAUAUUAGAUCUGACACCAACACAUUUACAAGGAGGAAAAGUGUGAGAUAUAUAUUUUCUGUCAAAGGUUCAUAAAUAGAAGUGUGCCUGGUAAAGGUAGCUAGCAGCAGGGACAAUUUUAGGAUUUUCAUUUAAGGGGGGCUCCGCCCCCAAUGAGGGUAUAAUAGUAAAAAUAAAUAAUAAAUAAAUAAAUAAUAUAAUAAAAUAAAGAUUUGACUAACAGGGUAGGAUGGUAAACUUAAUGCAGCAUUCCACUGUAUUGCAUAGAUAUUGCAACAUUUGAGUACUAAACAAGACAAAUACAAGUCAUCCUGAUCUCACACACACACACACACACACUUGUCCUCUGAUUCUCGCUCUGUGACACCACGGUUUGCGGAUUGAAGAACGCGCUGAAAGAGGGGGAGGAGCCGAAGAGCCGCCGUUUUCAUAUGAAAUGUAAAGGUGACUGAGGAGGUCACUUAUUCGUGUACAGUUUAUGGAGAAUCGCAGAAUUUUAGGGGGGCUUUAAAAUGGCCUAGCGACGCCCAUGGCAAGCAGACUAGCUAAUUUGUUGUGAAUGUUAUGAAUACAGGUCUUGAGUACACUGUGGGCUCGAUGAACGCGCAGGAGCGUUUUAGUGGAUUUUUUCCACAGAGCAGCUUCAGUAAAUCAACUGACCACUCCGUCACUUUUUAUUAUACAGAAAUGAGUAAUAUAUCAUUCCAAACUAAAGGGUCUGUUAUUUCUGUACACUCACAAUAAUGACAAAAAUUAUACAUUUUAAAUACACUAUAUUGCCAAAAGUAUUCGCUCACCUGCCUUGACUCGCAUAUGAACUUAAGUGACAUCCCAUUCCUAAUCCAUAGGGUUCAAUAUGACGUCGGUCCACCCUUUGCAGCUAUAACAGCUUCAACUCUUCUGGAAAGGCUGUCCACAAGGUUUAGGAGUGUGUUUAUGGGAAUUUUUGACCAUUCUUCC